AUGUCUCGCGCUCAAAAUGGAUGUCGGGGCGGUGGUCUUGGAACCAAGGAACCACUCCUCAUUGACGCGGUCAUUGGCAAGGUGGUUAAACGCAACCGUCGGAACCUCUCCGCCGCCUGGAUAGACUACAAAAAGGCAUUUGACUCGGUGCCUCAUACAUGGCUUAAGAGGGUCCUCGAGCUGUACAAGGUUGACUGUACGGUUCGAGACUUCCUCGGGCAGUGUAUGGGACAGUGGAGUACGAUCGUUUGUCAUCUAGGCCACCGGAUGACGGCUGCGGAUAACCACAUAAGGAUUAGAAGGGGUAUCUUCCAGGGCGAAUGGUUGAGUCCAAUCUGGUUCUGCCUCUCUCUGAACCCUCUCAGUACUUUACUGGAGGGUUCCGGGAGGGGAUUUCAGCUUCGGAAAGGAGGUACAAAAGUGACCCACCUUUUCUAUAUGGAUGGUCUCAAGUUAUUCCAGUCGCUUUCAUAUUAUGGAAUUGCUAAACAUCAUUUACAUACUCAGGUGGACUCAGACCAAACUGAACGCUCUGGACAGGAAAGUCCGCACUAUAAUGACGUCCCACAAAAUGCAUCAUCCGAGAUCGUCGGUAAUGAGGCUGUACUUGCCGCGGAAGCAUGGUGGACACAGCUUUUUUAG